AUGGAGCAGGCCAUGCCUUCCCUGCCAGCCUCAUGCCUCCUGGCCCAGGCGGCCAUCGCCUGUGGCAAUGCCAAGAUGAAACACAUCCCUGCCCUGACCGACCCUGGCCUGACCACGCUCUACCUGGCAGAGAAUGAAAUUGCCAAGAUCCCGGCCCACACGUUCCUGGGACUACCCAACCUGGAGUGGCUGGACCUGAGCAAGAACAGGCUGGAUGCCCGAGGCCUGCACCCUGGUGCCUUUAAGAAUCUGACGCGGCUGAAGCGGCUGAACCUGGAUGGAAACCAGCUGUCCACGGUGCCGGCCCUGCCCGCCUCCCUGCAGGAGCUCAAGCUCAAUGACAACCACCUGCAGGGCCUGCAGCACAGCAGCUUCCGGGGGCUCAGCAAGCUGCUAACACUGGAGGUGGAAGGGAACCAGCUGCAUGAUGGGAACAUCUCCCCCCUCGCUUUCCGGACCUUGGACAACUUACUGUACCUGAGGCUGGACCGGAACCGGCUGCGGACCAUCCCACCCGGCCUACCAGCCUCCCUGCAGAUGUCGCUGGGACCCUUUGCACAGGUGACUAUGGCCCUGAGAGGACCAGAGACUGUGGCAUCCGACCACAACCGGCUCCAGGAGGACCGGCUGGCGCCCCGAGCUUGGAUCGAUCUCCCGAAGCUGGAGACCCUCGACCUGUCCCACAACCGACUCGUGCACGUCCCCUCCUUCCUGCCACGGGGCCUCCGGCGCCUGCUGCUGCACCACAACCACAUUGAGCGCAUCCCUGGCUACGUGUUUGCACACAUGAAGCCAGGCCUGGAGUUCCUGCACCUGUCCUACAACAGCCUGCGCGCCGACGGCAUCCACGACGUGUCCUUCUGGGGCCUGCGCACCUCCCUGGCAGAACUGCUCCUGGAUCACAACCAGCUGCAGGCCAUCCCGCGAGGCCUGCUGGGCCUCAAGGGGCUGCAGGUGCUGCGUCUGAGCUACAACAAGAUCAGACACGUGCCCCUGAAUUCCAUCUGUGACACUCGAGCGGCCCAGGACUCCAACCUCAUCUCCACACGCCUGGAGAACAACUUCAUCGAUAGGCGCCGCAUCCCCCCCACCGCCUUUUCCUGCAUCCGGGCCUACCACAGUGUGGUCCUCCAGCCCCAGCAGGGGGAGGGGGAAAGCUCCUAG